AUUAUCGGAGGUCAAAGGUCAGAGGUGACAUCAGAGAACAGAGAUGCACCACCUGUCAACAUGGGCUUUUCUUCUCCUUCUCCUGGGAGUCACCAACAGCUUGGCUCAAGGGGUGUGGAGAAGAGACAGUAUGAAGGCCAGUCCUACUCUUCAUUACUCUGAAGAUGAUUUUGAGUGGACCACCUGGUUCAAUGUGGAUCACCCUGGGGGAAAAGGAGACUACGAGCAGCUUGACGCAAUCCGCUUCUACUACCGUGCCCGCAUGUGCGAGACGCCAAGGGCCCUGGAGGCUCGUACCACAGACUGGAUCCCUGCACACAGAACAGGGGAGAAGGUGCAUAUUGACCCUGCUCUGGGCUUCUGGUGUGUCAAUGCUGAACAGCCUCCUGGACGCAACUGCUCCAACUACUCUGUACGCUUUCUCUGUCCAAGAGGUCAGUACGCAGGGUCAGACAUUACAGCAGCUUGGGGUGCCUGGUCAGACUGGAGUCCUUGCUCUGCAGCAUGUGGUCAAGUAUCUACACAGGUGCGAUCCAGAACCUGCAGGUCCCAGACUAGUCGUGGAGAACAGCAGUGUAAAGGACCGUCAGUUGAAGGCAGAUCUUGCAAAGGACCAGAGUGUCCAGGUAAAUGCAAGCUUCAGUGUGUCAUGGGCAGAGUGAAUGCUGAAUGUGAUGCUUGCAUGUGCGAAGACCACACGGUCCUGGGCUCUGUCCGCAGUGCUGGCGGACUCCCUGCUCCUGGGGCUCCAGUACUCCGAUAUGGUCCCAACCCCAAACUUCUCACUCUCACUGAUCACAAUGGACACUUCAGUAUCCCUGGCCUCUGUCCUGACGGGAACACCACCUUGAUGAUUAGGCUACAAAACCACGCUCCUCAGUUAGUCAUCAUUCCCCGGAGCACUGACCGCAUCUCUGUUCUUCAAAUCAAGCUGGAAAGAGCAAAGAAACUGUUGGUAGAGAAGAACCCUGAGAACAAGGCCAGAAGAGUGGGUCAAACCACCGCUUUCUGCUGCAAAGUGGCUGGUACACCUGGACCAGAGCAAUACGAGUGGUUCCACAACGGCACCCUCCUGGACAGGAAACAAUUUCAGUAUGACGAGACAUUGGUCCUCAGAAACCUGCGUAUAGACCAAGCUGGAGAGUACUACUGCAGAGCCAGCAAUGAAGCUGGUGCCAUCAAGUCCAAACCAGCUACACUCACAAUUAUAGGUCAAGACGAACCAUCAUGCAAGCCCACACCGGAGUCUCAUUUGAUUCGUCUGCCACAUGAUUGCUACCAAAACCAGACCAACACUUUCUAUUACGAUGUGGGAAGAUGUCCUCUCGCAACAUGUGCAGGCCAGCUGGACAACAGCAUCAGGUGCAAAGACUCGGUGGCAUAUUGCUGUGGGGUAGCGAAAAUGGAGGAAAGACACAUAAACUGUCAGGGCUACCAGCUACCGACUAUGGUGGUCACCCAGUGUGGCUGCAAGAAGUGUGUGGACACCAAAGCCAUUGUACGUGGGCGAGCUGUAGCGGCAGACACAGGAGAGCCCAUGAGAUUCGGGCACGUCUUCAUGAACGGCAUGAGGGUAAGCCGCACAGGAUAUAAAGGUACUUUCUCCAUCCAGGUGCCUACAGAAACUGAGAGGCUGGUACUCACCUUUGUGGACAACAUGCAGAAGUUUGUGAACACCACCAAAGUACUUCAGUUCAAUAAAAAGGGAGGUGCUGUGUACCAUGAGAUCAAGCUGUUGAGGAAGAAGCCACCUGUAACCCUAGAAUCAGCAGAAACCAACACACUAAUGCUGGGAGAAGUGACAGGCCAGGAUCCCAUUGCUGAGAUCCAGAUCCCACCUAAUUCAUUCUACAGAGACAAUGGGGAGGUAUUUGUGGGUAAUGUGCAGGCCAGUGUUACAUUCCUGGAUCCCAGAGAUGUGUCCACAGCUGCUGCUGCACAAAGUGAUCUCAACUUUGUAGGUAGUGAGGGAGACACACUGCCCCUUAGAACCUAUGGGAUGUUUUCAGUGGAUUUCAGGGAUGAGGAAGGUGGCGAAUCUCUUAAUGCAGGUGAAGUUAAGGUACGUCUUGAUGCCGCGCAAGUAAAGAUGCCUGAACACCUGAAAAACAUGAAGUUGUGGUCUCUCAACCCAGAGACAGGUCUGUGGGAAGAGGAAGGAGACUUCCAUGUGGAGAAAAAACGGCGAGGUAAACGAGAGGAGAGGACCUUUCUCAUUGGCAACAUGGAAAUCAGGGAAAGGAGGCUGUUUAAUUUAGAUGUCCCAGAAAACAGAAGGUGUUACGUCAAGGUGAGGGCCUUCCGCAGUGAACGUUUUAUGCCAAGUGAGCAAGUUGAAGGAGUUGUGAUGACCUUGAUUAACAUGGAGCCUACACCAGGAUACUCAACUAACCCACGUGCCUGGGGUCGGUUUGACAGCGUUAUCACAGGCCCCAAUGGUGCAUGCCUUCCUGCAUUCUGUGAUGACCAGAGAGCAGAUGCCUAUUCUGCUUAUGUCAUGGCCAAUUUGGGAGGAGAGGAGUUGGAGGCAGUCGCAUCUUCUCCAAAGUUAAAUCCAAACACCAUAGGGGUUCCUCAGCCUUACCUGAACAAGCUGAACUACAGGAGGUCUGACCAUGACGAUCCAAGAGUGAAGAAGACAGCGUUCAGUAUCAAUGUAGCCAAACCCAGCCCAAACACUGCUGAAGAAGCCAAUGGACCAAUUUAUUCAUUUGAGAAUCUGAAGGAGUGUGAGGAAGCCCCUUUCAGUGCUGCACAUUUCCGAUUCUCAAGAGUGGAGGGAGACCGCUACGACUAUAACACCGUACCCUUCAAUGAGGAUGAUCCCAUGAGUUGGACAGAGGACUAUCUGAGCUGGUGGCCAAAGCCAAUGGAAUACAGGGCCUGCUACAUCAAGGUCAAACUAAACGCUCCCCAUGAGAUAAACGUCCGCUCCCGAAACAUGGGAGGCACCCAUCCAAAGACUGUCGGUCAGCUUUAUGGCAUUCGUGACACCCGCAGCAUCCGAGACUUGGACCAAUCAACAGUCUCAGCCGUGUGUUUGGAAUUCAAGUGCAGCGGCAUGCUGUACGACCAGGAUCGAGUGGACCGCACUCUGGUGAAAGUCAUCCCUCAGGGAAGCUGCAAGAGAGACAGUGUCAACGCAAUGUUACAAGAGUACCUGGUGAACCAUCUACCACUGGCCGUCAACAAUGAUACUAAUGAGUUCACAAUGCUGGCACCUCUUGACCCUCUGGGUCACAACUAUGGCAUCUACACCGUCACAGACCAGGACCCACGCACAGCCAAAGAGAUUGCUCUUGGACGCUGCUUCAAUGGAACUUCAGAUGGCACCUCUAGAGUCAUGAAGAGUAACGAGGGAGUAGCUCUAACUUUCACCUGUGGGGACAGGGAGGUCACCCGGCAAAGUGUCUUUCAAACCACCCAAAGCUUUCCAGGUUCGACAAAUGGUGGCCGGCAGGGAAGAGGCAACAGGAGGCAACGAGGUGGUUUAGGAGCCCUCCGCAGCAGUCGAAGGAGGAGCACACGUAAUCCUUUCAGGCGCAACCAAACCAGAGCCUAA